AUCUCUUCCUCCUCACUCGGAUAUUUCUAUAUCAUUGUCACCUAAACAAUAAUGCAAUAUCGAAAUGAAAAAAGAGAAACCAGAAUUUCAAUGUACAAAAGUAACAGAACUCCCAAGAAAUUUGGAGCCACUUUGAUGAACCUUUUCCUUUAGUUAGAGUUUAUUCUCUGUCGUCUACUCCUAACUAUGGCCGCAGUUACUAGGCUUCACAUAUGCCCACAUGGCUUAGACCGGUUCAGCUUCAAGGAUCAGCUCAGACCCGGUCCAAGAAUCCUCAUCGGACCGGGCUUUCGUUAUGGGGUCCGGUUGAAAGGGUGCCGGGCUUAUAGGAGUGAGGAGGAUCAGUUGGGAGAGAAAGAGAUGGAAAGUGCGAGAAAGUCCGGGAAAGUGAAGGAAAAAGAAACUUUAAAAUUGAGAAAAGGAAGUGGGUUUUGGAGUUGUUUGAAGUACGCAGUUACAAGAGGUUUUGGCUUUGGUCCGAGGAAUGAUGAUGAGUAUAGUAAGGCUGUGGCCAAGUUAGAGGAAGUGUUUUCCUCGAUUGCCAUCCAAAUUGGAAGAUAUAUUGUGACAAUGAUGAGUACUGGAGUUAUACUAGGAGUUGGAUUUCAGUUGUCAGGCGGAGACAACCAGUUGAAUACCUUAAUCUGGUAUAGCUGGCUUGGAGGGAUUAUUAUUGGGACUAUGAUAGGUGCUAACAUGGUUUUAGAGGAACACUGCCGUGCCGGUCCGCGUAACGUUGUCGUAACCGGAAGUACUAGGGGACUUGGCAAAGCACUUGCUCGUGAAUUUCUUCUCUCUGGAGAUCGCGUGGUUGUUGCUUCUCGCAGCCCCGAGUCUGUGCAAACAACUGUCAGGGAGCUAGAGGAAAACUUGAAGGAGGGUAUAAUCGCCGCUGGUAGCUCAUCCAAAACAAACCUGGGCCGGGCAAAAGUUAUCGGCAUAGCAUGUGAUGUUUGUAAUCCUGAUGAUGUACAGAGAUUGGCGAAUUUCGCUGUCGGCGAACUUGGUUCUAUUGAUAUUUGGAUAAACAAUGCCGGCACAAACAAAGGAUUUAGACCCUUGCUUCAGUUUACUGAUGAAGACAUUACACAGAUUGUCUCGACAAACCUGGUUGGCUCCCUACUCUGCACGCGUGAAGCAACGCGUGUAAUGAGAAACCAAGCUAAGGGAGGGCACAUAUUUAACAUGGACGGGGCCGGUUCUGGGGGAUCGAGUACACCUUUGACAGCUGUAUAUGGUUCAACAAAAUGUGGGCUUAGGCAGCUCCAAGCGUCACUUCUUAAGGAGUCAAAGCGAUCAAAAGUAGGGGUCCACACAGCAUCUCCAGGCAUGGUUCUUACAGAUCUGCUCCUGAGUGGUUCAACCAUACAAAAUAAGCGAAUGUUCAACAUCAUCUGCGAACUUCCUGAAACGGUUGCUAGAAGUUUAGUUCCACGCAUGCGAGUUGUAAGGGGAAGUGGGAAGGCAAUCAACUACUUGACCCCGCCUAGAAUCUUAAUUGCUUUAGUUACUGCAUGGCUGCGACGAGGACGCUGGUUUGAUGAACAGGGAAGGGCAUUAUAUGCGGCGGAGGCAGACCGGAUCCGCAACUGGGCUGAAAACCGCACUCGCUUCUCCUUCACAGACGCAAUGGAGAUGUACACGGAGAACACUUGGUUGUCCGUCUUCUCGCUCUCUGUUGUGUGUGCCUUCAUAAUACUUUCUAGCACCAGCAGCAACUACCCUGGCACUUAAAGGAGUUUUCGCGCCAUCAAAACCAUGAAGCACUGGGAAAAUUAUUGGUUAAAUGGAAUGACUUGAGGCUUAAGCAACAGAAUAGUGUGAAACAAAUGCAGUUUUUUCACCCUGCAUCCUUCGGUCAACUAAAACCCACAGUGCUUAUUGCUUUUAAUCACCAAUCUAUAUGUUUUGACUUUACCCAUUUAUAAGCUUUGUGGGCUCUGUACACAGAAAAGCACUAAUACAUUAUUUAUGUCAUCAUUGAAAGAUGUUCCUUAUAGAUGCUUAUAACAUGUAAAGACUUGAUUGAUUUGUAGUGAAAUCCAAUUUCAGUUUCUUA